UACAAGAGUACUGCACACCGAUUAAAUUCCGGUGGGGUCUCCGAGAUGUCUGAAGCCGUCAGUGCACCAAAGCAGUAUAAGCAGCCUUCUCGCAAAGGCAAGAAGGCCUGGCGCAAAAAUGUCGAUAUCGAUGAGGUUCAGGAAGGCCUUCGGGUUCUGAAAGAAGAAGAGAUCAAAGGUGGUCUUCUUUCUGAGAAGCCGUCCGAUGAGCUGUUCGUUAUCGACACCAAGGGUUCGUCAGAAAUCCGUGAAGCGUACAAGAAGAAGCACAAGCCUUUGAAGUCGGAAGAAAUCUUGGCGCAACGCUCCGCUAUCCCAGGUCUCGACACACGCAAGCGCACUAACUCCAAGGUUACCGACGGUGUUAUUGAGCCGAAAAACAAGCGUCAAAAGAGCGACUGGGUUACGAGGAAAGACUGGUUGCGUUUGAAGCAGGUGGCUAAGGAAGGGAACCCGGUCAUCAAGCCCGCUGAAAAUGACCUAUACGACCCUUGGGGAGAUGCAGAGGAUCCCACGCCCUUGGACGAUCCUCAGUUCGACUUCCUGGAGAAACCGAAGCCCAAGGUAGAACCGGUCACCUUGAAGCAGGCUCCGAUCUCACUCGCCGCGAACGGUAAGCCGGUUCCUGCGGUCCGCAAGCCUACUGCCGGAAUCAGUUACAACCCGACGUUCGAGGACUGGGAUCGGCUGCUACAGGAGCAGGGAGAGAAGGCGGUUGAAGCUGAGAAGAAGCGUCUGGAGGAAGAGCGUAAAGAAGAGGAAAGGCAGCGCCUAAUCGCCGAAGCCCAAGACGAUGAUGGUAUGGUGAAGUCCGAUGAUGAGAGCGCGUGGGAAGGAUUUGAAAGCGAAUAUGAGAAGCCGGACUGGCUGAAUAAGAAGCGUCCGGAGCGGAAGACAAAGGCACAGAGGAACAAGAUAAAGAGACGCAAGGAAGCAGAGAGGCAGGCCAGGUGGGAAGAGCAGAUGAAGAAGAAGGAAGAGCAGGCCGCAAAGGCUAAGGAGGCCGCCGAACUUGUGGAGGCACAGGAGCUUGCUCGUGCCGAGGAAUCUUCGGACAGCUCUUCGGAAGAGGGUGAUGAUACCGUUUUGCGUCGGAAACCGCUUGGUGGAAAGCUAUACGCUCCUGAGAAGCCUCUGGAGGUUGUGUUGCCAGACGAGUUGCAAGAUUCUCUGCGUCUGCUCAAGCCCGAGGGCAACCUGCUGGACGACCGAUUCCGCACUUUGGUUGUCCAAGGAAAGCUGGAGUCUCGCAAGCCGGUGACGCAGGCAAAGAAGGCAAAGAGAGAUGUGACAGUGAAGUGGUCUCACAAGGACUUCAAGGUUCCGGGUCUCAAUUGGAAGAAACUCCAGGGGACGCUUAAAAAGGACAGCGUCUCCACCACGAAACGGAAACCCUCAGAUCGCGAGACGGAGAAUGGUGUGGUAAAGAAGAGGAAAAGAGAGACUGUCGACGGACAACAAAAACCUGAGCGCAAACCGGUCUCGGCCAAGAGAAAAAGAAUGUCUACAAACGGUACUGAUGGCGGCGAGAAUGGCGCUGAGCAGCCUACGAAGAAGUCGACGUCUCGGAGGAAUUCUACGGUCACUGUUGCGGAAUCAAAGCCGAAGAUUAAUGAAGGCCGUUCACCUACCGCGGAACUAGGAAAAUAUGUUGCGAUGGAUUGCGAAAUGGUGGGCGUUGGCCCCAAUCCCGAUCACGACUCCGCUCUCGCGCGAGUCAGUAUCGUCAACUUCAACGGUGAACAAAUAUACGACUCCUACGUGAGACCCAAAGAGAUGGUUACGGACUGGCGGACGCAUGUCAGCGGUAUCCUUCCGAAGCAUAUGGUGGAGGCGCGAACACUCGAACAGGUGCAGAAAGACGUUAUCAAUAUCCUCGAUGGGCGAAUACUCGUGGGACAUGCGGUCAGUAACGACUUGGACGCUCUUCUUCUCAGCCACCCCAAGCGCGACAUCAGAGACACCAGCAAACAUGCCCCAUACAGAAAGAUUGCUGGCGGUGGCUCCCCUAGGUUGAAGAUGUUGGCUUCGGAGUUCCUUGGAUUGGAAAUCCAGGAUGGCGCGCAUUCCAGUGUGGAGGAUGCUAGGGCUACGAUGCUCCUGUACCGGCGGGACAAGGAUACAUUCGAGCGGGAACAUCUUAAGAAGUGGCCUGUGCGAGUAGUGGUCGAAAAGAAAGACCAAGACGAUGAUCAGAAGAAGAAGAAAAAGAAGAAGAAGAAGACCCGCAAGAGGUGAUUUUGGAUGCAAUGGCUGGUUCUGUU